UGUCAACACAGAACACAUGUGGUCAAUAAGCAUACAGUAUUUGACAUUCAGAUUUUCGACUUUUUAAAAUAAUAACCUAAAAAUGCCUGUCUCGCAAUUAGCUGAUGUCGGUGAUAACAAUGAAGAGUGCAAAACAUUUGUCUUCGAACAGGAAGGACACACUUUAGGGAAUGCCUUGAGGUGUAUUAUAUCAAAUUACAAAGAUGUUGAGUUCUGUGGAUACACUGUGCCACAUCCAUCAGAAGACAAGAUGCAUUUCAGAAUACAAAUGUGCAAAGGUGGAACUGCAAUAGAUGCCCUGAAGAGAGGAUUGAAAGAUUUAAUAUUGGUCUGUGAGCAUACAGAAAAACAAUUUGAUGAAGAAUUUUUAUCAUUUUCUGCAAAGAAUGGAUUAAACUUGUGAAUGUACACAUUGGAAUUUUA